UAGUUUUUCUUGUAAUCUCCACAGCACUGCAUUAAACUUCCGAUAUUGUUUGGUCAAUUGUAAAAUAUUUUUAAUUUUAAAAAUGAGUUCCGAACAUGUUGUUUUACAAACUUCUGAUGAUGGCUUAUUCGAUAUCGUACAAAUAAAUGAAAAAAAUCUUGCUGAAAUUUUGGUAUUUCUAAGCGAACAUUUUUUUACAUCAGAAACAAUGUGUAAAAGUGUUGGGGCAUUGGAAAAACCUGUAUUUGUAAUGGAUUUUGCAAAGAUGUUAACAAUGAUGGUCGGCGAAAAAAUGUCUGUGGCGGUUAUUGAGAAAUCUUCAAAUCGAUAUAUUGCUGCUAUAUGUUUCACAUUACGGCCAAAACAUAAUAAUCAAACAUUUUUUGGUGAGUUUGCUGCCAAACAUUGUGAAGAUGAAUUAGCCAAAGCGAUACUACAAUUUAUUGAUGCAUCUGGUACCCAAGUUAAUAUUUACGAGCGUUUUGAUGUCGAUUAUGUUAUUGAAUGUUGUUGUUUGGUAACGCAUGAAGAUUUUCGUCGUAAAGAUUUUGGUAAAAAAUUAGUUGGAUUUGCUAUAAAAUCAGUUUUGCAGAAAAAUAGAGCAGUUUUACCAGAAGAUCGUCAAGAUGUUUUGGAUAAUGUAGAUCGAUAUGCAUUUCGGGCGGUUUGUUCGUCUCAAUAUUCCAAAUUAAUUGCAAAUAAAUGGGGCUGUGAGGACUUAUGUUCUAGUGAGUUUAGUGAGUUUAAAAUAAAAGAAUAUGCUGAUAAAUUUCCUAAAAAUUAUAAAGUGGUCACUGUUGGAUGUAAAUUGCCAAAAUUAUUGAGUGAAUAUCAAUAAUAAGUACAAAAUGUUAAAAAAUUUAAAAAUAAUCAUAAAAUCAAUUAAUUUUAACAAUCAAGGCCACCUUAAACACAGAACUAAAUGGGCAGUCCUCAUUGAGCAUCAUAUAUUUUUUUCACUUUGAGGAUAAAGAUUAAUUUAAUUUUUCCACUUUUAUAAAAUUUUGCCAGCUUUUUCACCUCGGUUCAUGUGUGGAGCCAGAAGAUCCAAUUUCUAUAUUUUUGUAAGUAACAGUCGUUUUUCCUACCCUGAUAUUCUAAAUAUUUUGAAUAAUGACCUUUUUAUGUUAGACAGACCUUGUACCUCUAUAAGCUAGACACGAAUUAAUGAGAACUUUCAAAUGGGGAAUUUCAAAACUUUCAUAUGGCGAAUAUAUCUCUUAAGUGGAAAAAAAUGGGAAAAUCGCCAAAAAUACUUCUUCUUUUUUUCGUUUGAGUAAGUAAUUUUUGAGAUAUCGCCUAAAACUUCGCACAAAAAGCUUUUAUUUAACUUAAAGCUUAAGGCAUCUAAUAUUCUAAUGAACUGAAUUUUUACAUUUUUUGGGUCGUAGCUACCUAAGUCUAAGCCUAAGUAACACACAGGUAUCCAAACACACAAAGCUCUGAUUGAUUUUACGAUUAAACGACAAGCUUCUAAGAAAUUAAUUGAAGAAAUUGUCCGUAUUAUCACCUCUCGCAUAAGAUUUUAGGCGAUAUUUAAGAAACUACUUGUCCAAUCGUCAAAUGGAACAAAUUUUAGUAUUUUCUUGGUCAAAAGUAUUCCAGAAAUUCAACUAAAUUGGAAACAAACAAUUCUUCUCGACUUUUUGAAAUUUUUUAAGGCGUUUGUCUAAACGUCGUUUUUGCAAAACCAAUUUGAAAAUGGUUUCUUCUUAACAUGUUUUUCUGCAUCAGAGUAUGUUGGACUGAAGAUUUACCUCAAUAUUUCGGCUUGAAUCUGGGCUUGUAUUGCUAAGAAAUGUUGAUGGACCGAAGCAAGUGUAGGUCAGGCUCCUCCCCUAGACCUGUUUACCAUUGAUUUAGUUGACUUAGUACGUGCUUCUGUAAAAAAACUGUUGAAUUGACGAAAAUUUAAUCCAAUAAUUCAUGAUUUGCUCCUUUUUAGAUCAAAAAUCCCUAUUUUGACCCCUCCCUAUUUGGGCUGAAAGCUGGUUAAAUA